GCAGCUUUUGGCACCUGACUGGGGGAUCCUCGUCCUGGCCCGCGUCCAGCUUGCACGGCCACGUCCCCUGCCCCGUCCCCUGCCCCAUCCCCUUCCUCGUCCCCCUCCUCGGGGUCCCUCCGGGGGUCGUCGUCGCCGUCGCCGUCGCCGUCGCCGUCGUCGCCGUCGCCGUCGUCGUCCUCGUCCUCGUCCUCGUCCUCGUCCUCGUCCUGGUCCUCCGUCCUCGUGGUCUCUUUUGCGCCCUGCCGUCCUCCUGGUAUCCCCUGUGGCCCUGGUGGCCCUGGGCGCACCGCCUGGCUCCCGCCAGGGCGGCCCAGGCCGUCGCCGGGGGCCAUGGCGGGGCCCAUCGCCGCCCCGGAAGGGCCCGCCGCGCCGCCGCCGUGGCACGGCGGCCGCUACAUCGCCGCGGGAGCGUCGCUGUGGGCGCUGGGCCUGUGGCUCACCGGCGGGGACCAGAUGUACAUCAUCCUCACGAUCACGGCCCUGAUCUUCGGGCCAGGCCUCGCGCGGGGCGUGCGGGAGGGGGAGUACUCGGCCUACUCCGUCUUCAACCCUGGCGGCCGGCACCUCCUCGGAGACCUCCGCGCGGAGCAGCUCGACAGGGAGCAGCGGGGCGACCAGUACCUGGCUGGCGCAGCCAGGGACGACGGUGGCCUCGUGGACCUGCCGCAGGGCGGCCUGCUCGCAGGGGGCGGCUCGGACGAGGAGGACGACGAUGCGCCGCUGGUCCGGUCCCGGGAGGCCAACAAGCCGUGCCAGUGCGGCUCGGGCAAGAAGGCGAAGCGCUGCUGCUUCGCUGCCCGGCCGCGGGCCGCGUCGGCCCGGCAGCCGGGGCAGAAGCCGGCGUCCCCGGAGCCCGAUCCGCUGCUGGACCGCUGGCGGGCCGAGAUGGAGGUGGUCCGGACCGGCGCAGGGCAGGAGCGAAAGGCGAGGUAAAAGCCAUCUCCGCCCC